GAUUUUGCAUUUCCGGGGGAGAGAGCUGUAUGUAAACAAUUCUCUCCCCUGUCAGCUCCAGCACACUGCUUUGUAUGGCUCUGCAUAUCAGACCCAUACAAAGCAGUGUGCUUACAGUUGAAAGCGCAGACACAGCUUACUGUGAAACAGCGCAGAGUUAAUCCUUUGAUCACUCCACAUGUUAACUCCUUCCUGCCCAGUGCAGUGUCAGUGCUUUUUAUUAGCACUAAUCACCAGAUUGGUGUCACUGGGGAUGUCAGUGACACCAAGUCAGUUCCCACCAGUGUCAGAAUGCCCACCGCAGUCCCGCUAUAA